ACACACAAAUCAAACAUACAGUCACAAAAGGAAUCUUCAAUUUAUUAAAAUAAUUUGCAAGUACGUAGAGUGCACAAUAGGAAUCGUGUUAGUGGAAAUGUAUUAUUGAUGCUCUUGUUGAUGUUUUUGUUGUUGUUGCGCUCUAAUUGUAUUCUGGACUCCACACCAGACAUUUUGAAGUGAUACCGGGCAUCGCUGUCAAUCUGUCAACUCUUGCAUCUCAUCAGUACGUGGAGACAUCCUUUCCAUACGCUGCAAUAGUCACGGAUUCCUGCAGUUGGGAUUCCUGACUGAUCCCAGGCCUGUUCACUGCGUGCGAGCGGACGUGAGUCGCAUAUGCUUUGACGCCGCUGAUCCACGAACGGGCGCUGCCUCCUCCGUCCAGCGUUCACAAACCUGUUUGCUCUUCGAGGCGUUUCAAGUAUUCAUAGGAUCACGGCUGACUGGCGUUUUACUGUGUUUACCGUGUUUGACGAGGCCGCAGACGCGUAAUUGCGCAACGCGUGUGCGCAACGCUAUCUGCGUCUCUUGCUCCUCAUGACGACCGGGAGACCUCCGCCAUCGGUGGAAAUUGAGAGGUGUUUUCUGAAGCGCUUAUCUGGGGUACGGAUGCCUCCGGAGAUGGCGUAUGAAGCCGAACCCGGCUGCGUGCGCUCAGCGGGGGACGAAACGACGACCAGGGCUGCUGAUUGCACCGGGAGCUGGUGAGAUGAAGGAUAAAAAGAAAAAGAAGAAAUACUAGCUACGUGCGUUCGCCUUGCUCUGGAGGAAGAUCGCUGCACACUGGGAUGGAUGCGAACCGAUCGUUUUUUUCCUGACUGGCUUUUGCGUCGACGCGGCGACGGGUCGUGAUUUUCGUCUCCCUCCGACCCCGCGGGACUCUAGCGCUCGCCGAUGAAUUGAUGUGGGAACACGCGCCGCCGCGGCUGCACAGAUGGCGAACACAAGCGAGUUUGCGGAGAGCAACCCGUCGCUCCAGAACUACGCGUCCGCGGCCUCUGCGGUCAAGCUGGCCUCCCUGGGUCUCAUCACGGGCGUCAGUCUGCUGGGCAACGCGUCGCUGUCGCUGCUGCUGCUGAAGGACAGCUCGCUGCACAAGGCGCCCUACUAUUUCCUGCUGGAUCUGUGCGUGGCGGACGCGGUCCGCGCCGCCGUGUGUUUCCCCUUCGUGAUGGCAUCGAUCGGCGGCGGCUCCGCGUGGCCCUACAGCGCGCUCAGCUGCAAGCUCGUCGCCUUCAUGUCGGUGCUCUUCUGCUUCCACGCCGCCUUCCUGCUCUUCUGCGUCAGCGUCACCCGCUACAUGGCGAUCGCCCACCACAGGUUCUACUCCAAGCGGAUGAACCUGUGUACGUGCGUGUCGGUGAUCUGCAUGGUGUGGACCCUCUCCGUGGCCAUGGCGUUCCCACCGGUGUUCGACGUGGGCACCUACACGUUCAUUCGCGAGGAGGAGCAGUGCAUCUUCGAGCACCGCUACGUGAAGGCGAACGACACGCUGGGCUUCAUGCUGAUGCUGGUGGUCAUUGUGGGGACGACCCAUGUGGUGUACGUCAAGAUGCUCUGCUUCGUCUACGACCACCGUAAAAUGAAGCCGGCGCAGCUGGUGCCAGCCAUCAGCCAGAACUGGACCUUCCACGGCCCCGGAGCCACCGGGCAGGCCGCCGCCAACUGGAUCGCCGGCUUCGGGCGCGGACCGACCCCGCCGACGCUGGUCGGCAUCAGGCAAGCUUCCCACCCUGGCAACAGGAGGCUCCUGGUGCUGGACGAGUUUAAGAUGGAGAAGCGGAUCGGGAAGAUGUACUACAUGAUCACGCUCACCUUCCUCAUCCUGUGGGCUCCGUACAUCAGCGCCUGCUACUUGCGGAUAUUCGUGCGGGGCGCGCCGGUCCCGCAGCUGUACCUGACCGCCGCCGUGUGGAUGAGCUUCGCCCAGGCGGGAGCGAACCCCAUCAUCAGCUUCUUGUUCAACAAGGAGCUGCGGAUGCGGCUCCGAGCGUGUUUCCCCUGCUGCUCGGGAACGCAGACACCGACGGAGCCAUACUGUGUCAUCUGAACCACACUGGUUCCAAAUACUGCCAAAGACACGCAACACUUUGUGUAGAAUGUACACAGACUGGUCCCUGGUAUGUGUUUUUACAUGCAGGCAGGGCUUCGCUUCACAUUAUCCACAUAUUUAUUUGUGGUAGACUUUAACAAAUACUUGAUUUGAUAACAAACCUCAUUGUGGCGAUGGGAACUCCGAAUUCUUAUGAUAAAUAAAGUGAUACGGAAGCAUGUGAUACUUUAAUCAGAGUAUUGGAGUCGGUCACCAACGGUGCAUCUCGGUUAAGUUCUCAACUCCAUUUCAAAUAUAGCGUAGAGUCAGAUGUCCUCUUGUACAUUAAUGUCAAUGGGGCCAUUUGUUUCACUGACCACAGUUUAUGACACAUCAUACUCCAUCACUAAUCAUCUGGACACAAAAAAUAUGACACAGAUCUCAGUAUAUUUUUAAUAUAGGAUAUUACCACAAAUGUAAAUACUGUAAAACCCUCAUUCCCUCUUUCCUUCUACAUUCUUUGAACCAGAUACGUUGUAUAUUUCAUGAUCUACUCGCUUUCCUGUGUUGAUCGAGGCGGUUCGGUCCUUGGUUGAUGUGUGGAUGUGUGCAGCCGGAUGGGUUCAUGUGUCAUUCCUGCAGGCUUUACAUCACAAAUGUCAUUGUUUUUCUACAGACGUGGACAUUUGGACUCUGAAAACGUUAAAGGUGCUCUGGAACAGAUGUUUGCAUUGUUUGUAUUUCCUAGCGAAUAAAUAAGAAAUGGAUGAUAAGUUGUUUUGGACUCUAUCAUCUGUUUUUGAUAAGUUUUAUUUCCUGUAUUUGAUUGAGCUGGAAUGCGUUCGAAAGCAUCUGUGGAUCGAUUUUGAAUCCACCAUCACGUGUGUUUUUUUGUGCAGUUGAUGCUUGUUGGCAGCUCAGUGCACGUCACGUUCUCAGGUCAGUGUUCGUAAGCUUUCCUACAGACUCACAGGCCUCUGGGAACCAUUGAGGGCUUGUUGCUUUCAGCUGCGGGAGCAUUUAGACAGAGAGGCUGAUAAUCCAUCCUCCUGCCAUCCUAGCACCUUUAUCAUAAAUGUCCUCUUGUCCAGUUCUUUGCUCAGAUGUCAAAUGAAGCCGCCCCCAGACUUAAAAUUACUGCAAACAACAGUAAAUAUGUUUUUAUGGAAA